AUGGUUUCCGGUCUUGUACCGCUGAUCUUCAUCAUCUGCCCCUUAUCCAUCACAGCCUUGUCUUUCAACUUCACAAGCUUCACCGACGACAACCAAAACAUCACCUACGAACAAGCCUUCGCCGCCAACAACUCCAUCCAGCUCACUCGAAACCUCCUCCUGGGCUCGGACCUCAACAUCAGCUACGGCCGCGCAACUUACAGCUCCCCCUUACCCCUCUGGGACCCAGAUUCCAAAACCCUAACCGACUUCCAAACCCAUUUCACUUUCAGCAUCGUCUCCCAAUCCCAGAGCGGCUAA